AUGACAACGUAUAGGGAUUUUAGGCUUACAGACAUUAUGAACUUUAAUUUUGUCAACCUUGAUCAGUUGACUGAAACAUACAAUACAAUGUUCUACGGUGAGUAUACAACACAUUGGCCAAUUUACCAACGCAUUUGUGUUCAUCCAACAACAGGUAUAUGUAUGGCGUAUACACUCGGUAAAGCAGAGGGAAGGGGUGAAGAUUUCCAUGGUCAUGUAUCUGCUGUUACAGUGGCGCCAACGUUUCGCCGCUUGGGUUUAGGUGAGGCACUUAUGAAGGAACUGGAAACUACUACCGCACUCGUUUACAACGCCUACUUUGUAGACCUUUUCGUCCGACAGAGCAACAAAGUGGCUCAAGAAAUGUACCACAAGCUAGGCUACAUUGUCUACCGACGUGUACUUGGAUACUACAGAGGGGAUGGUCCCAAAGGAACCUUUAAGGAUGACGAGGAUGCUCUCGACAUGCGCAAGGCAAUGCCACGAGACAAGGAACGAGCGCGCAGUAGCGUUAUUCCGCUUUCACAUCCCAUAAGACCGGAAGAAUUGGAGUGGAACUAG